AUGGAAACUUGGCCAGAGCAUGCUGCAAUCGAUUUUAUGUGGCUUGGUAUGAAGUAUUAUGACAAGAGCAUUUCCUUGCUGAUGAAGCACAUCUCGGAAGGUCAUCACGCCCAACGCGAUGGUUACAACCGAAGAUACGAUGAUGAGACAAUCGCGGCGGCGACGAUACUUUGCAAUUACGAGUUUCUAAGUGCUACGACAGCUGGCUGGUCGAGGCAUCUCGACGGAACACAGUCAUUACUUCAACUCAAUCAUGAGGAGGGGCUCUUCCAGUUCCAACCAUCGCCGCGACCGGCUGCAUCCGUACCAAAACCGCCGAAGGCAUUGAGGGCAGUAUUUUGGAAUUUCGCUAGACAGGACUUCUUGGCCUCUCUGAUUGCUUGUAAGCCAACACGUUUAGAUACCGAUGAUCUCGACAUGUGGCGUGCAAUGGGUCUUUUGUUGAAUGAUCGCGGUCUAGUCGUCUCGAGUAAUAAUUCAAUCGACCCUUCUGAAGAGUCGAUGGGAGACGACAUGAUCUCGAAUGCCUUAGUAUGGCUGCUGUCCAAGAUCGCGAAUUUCAUUGCGACUGUCUCGGACGACGACUCCCAAGCUACAGCAGUAUGGCAGGCUUUAGAUCUUGAGGUCAAAGUUUGGUAUGAAGGUUUGCCUUCGAGCUUCCAGCCGUCCGCGCGGAUACCGAUCGAUGACCAAAUAUCGCCGAACCUGAAGUGGGAAACCUGGUAUAGCAACAGUAUGUGCGCUUCAACUAUGCAGUCGUACCACAUGGCCAGAAUGCUCUUGUUGAUCCACCGUCCGAGCAAGAUUCUGUAUGGAUGGGCCUCGUCGCAUGAACCAGGAAUGGUUGCACAAAGGAAAGACUUGCUCUCUGUAUACCGGUCGAUGCAGACCGAGUUGCGCACACAUGCUAUUGAAAUAUGCUCUAUUGCUCUUGGUAGACCUCAUGAUCCUGCGCGAAUACAUAUGCUGCAGCCACUGUACAUAGCUGGAAGAUGCCUUACUGAUGCAAGAGACCAGAAGAUUGUCAUCACUCUUAUACAGGAUAUCGAAAAAGACCUCGGCUGGGCCACCGGGUAUCGGGUUGAGCAAUUAUUAGAAGAAUGGAAGCUUAGUAGCAGCCCGUGA